AAGUUUCCAAGCAACCCAGUGAAGCAAUAGCAAGCGGCAGCAAGAGCCAGAGAAAACUUUCAACGCUGCUUUCGCUGAUACAGAAAGUAUUAAAGAAGAUUUUUAUAUUUUAAAUCCUCCUUUUUAACUUACUGACCAACGCAUUCAGCACCAUGGACAGCGUCCGAGCGGCGGUCUACCUGAGCGUUUUCCUCUCGCUGCUGUGCGUCUGCAGGGGUCAGAUGUCACUGGACAACCGACUGACCACGCAAGAGGAGCAGUUCAUCAAACGAGACCUGGCUGAGGCGCUCGAUGAACUUUUGGAUGGAGAUCAGGACAAUCGGAUAUCUGUGGAGAAAAAAGCUAGCGUCAUUCCAAGGUGUGACGUGGGCGAGCGCUGCGCCAUGAAGCACGGACCGCGCAUCGGGCGACUAUGCGAUUGUCUGCGAGGAACCGCCUGCAAUACUUUCUUCUUGCGCUGCUACUGAUGGAGCUCGAGCAACUCUCUUCUCUCUCAGGCUCUGUGCUUAGAAGCUCGUGACAGCAACCUCGUCUAUUCAAGUUUAAUUCUUGACAUGACAUGGGAGAUGUAUUGAUACUGUUGUAUUGUUCGUAUUGACUAUGUUUAAACGUGUUUAUUUUCUGUUAAUAAAAUGUCUUUAAGGCUCA